AUGCCAAAGGCUGCAGACCCAUGGACCAACACCUGGUCUGGUACUACUAAGGGAGCUACUGGUAGCAGUAUCAAUGGAAAAAGCAGUCACCCUCCAUCGUCAGAAUACUGGACAUUGAAAAGGACUAGAGAUACAUUCAUCAACUACUUCAAAGACAAACACGCUCACACCUUUGUUCCUUCUUCGAGAACAAUUCCUCAUGAUGAUCCAACUCUCUUGUUUGCAAACUCGGGAAUGACGCAGUUCAAACCCAUCUUCCUCGGUACAGUGGAUCCAAACUCUGACAUGUCCAAACUGAAACGUGCUGCAAACUCUCAGAAAUGUAUUCGUGCCGGUGGAAAGCACAAUGAUUUGGACGAUGUGGGAAAAGAUACAUACCAUCACACCUUCUUUGAAAUGUUGGGAAAUUGGUCGUUUGGGGAUUACUUCAAGAAAGAAGCUAUUGCCAUGGCAUGGGAAUUAUUGACCGUUGUUUACAAGUUACCCAAAGAACGGCUCUACAUCACCUACUUCCAGGGAGACGAAAAAGCUGGCAUACCUGCUGAUACAGAAGCCAGGCAGCUAUGGAUUGAUAUUGGUGUUGACCCAUCAAGAGUUUUGCCGUUUGGUGCCAAAGAAAACUUCUGGGAAAUGGGUGAUCAAGGUCCAUGUGGUCCAUGCAGUGAAAUCCACUUUGACCGUGUUGGUGGUCGAGAUGCCAAGCAUCUCGUAAACAUGGACGACCCACUAGUCAUUGAAAUCUGGAAUUUGGUCUUUAUGCAAUUCAACCGUGAACCAGAUCGAUCACUGAGACCACUACCCAAUAAACAUAUUGAUACCGGAAUGGGUCUAGAACGUAUCUGCUCAGUCCUUCAAAACAAAUCAUCCAAUUACGAUACCGACUGCUUUACUGGCAUAUUUGCUAAAAUACAAGAGCUGACAGGUGCUCGACCUUAUACAGGUCAUGUUGGAACUGACGAUGUAGAUGGAAUCGAUACCGCAUAUAGAGUAGUAGCUGAUCACGUACGAACACUCACCUUCUCAAUAAGUGAUGGUGGUGUCCCAUCGAAUGAAGGUCGUGGUUAUGUCUUGAGACGUAUAUUGCGUCGAGGUGCACGAUAUAUCCGUAAAAAAUUCAAUGCUCCUAUCGGAAACUUUUUCUCACGACUGGUGGAUACCGUCGUUGAAGAAAUGGGUGAUGCCUUCCCAGAAAUCACCAAACGAGUAAACGACCUGAAAGAAAUCUUGGACGAAGAAGAAUUAGCUUUCGCCAAGACUCUGGAUCGAGGUGAAGUCUUAUUUGAUCGAUAUGUCGCUAAAGCCCGUGAUGAAGGUGCCAAAUCACUGAAGGCCAGUGAUGUGUGGAAAUUAUAUGAUACUUUUGGUUUCCCACUGGAUUUGACUCAGAUUAUGGUUGAUGAAAUUGGAUUUUCGUAUAAUAAGGAUGAAGUAGAACAGGAACAAGCUGUUGCCAAAGAGCGAUCUCGUGCUGGUCGGCAAAAGGAUUCAGGAGCUGUUGUUGCUUUGGAUGUACAUGCUCUUGGAGAACUUGCUACGAAAUUGAAAGUCGCUGACACUGAUGAUUCGUACAAAUAUUCUUAUGGUGAUAUCAAAGCUUCCAUCAAAGCCAUAUACUGUGACAAGGUAUUUGUAAAAUCAGUAUCUGCCGACAAGACCACACAACAGUUUGGCAUCAUACUCGACAAGACCAACUUUUAUGGCGAAUCUGGUGGUCAACAAUACGAUACUGGUUCUAUCAUGAUUGACGACAAGGCCGAAUUUUCUGUUGAAGAUUCACAGAUAUUUGGCGGUUAUGUCCUACAUAUUGGAUAUCUCAAGUACGGCAAUCUGUCUGUUGGGGAUGAGAUUGUGGUAUCAUAUGAUGAGAUUCGAAGAUGGCCACUACGAAACAACCACACAUCGACUCACAUACUCAACUUUGCUCUCAAAGAAGUAUUGGGAGAAGUCGUUGAUCAAAAAGGUUCUUUAGUUGCUCCCGAAAAAUUGAGAUUUGACUACUCUAGCAAGAAUCUGCCAACCGUCGAUGAGUUGGUCAAGAUUGAAAAGAUAAGCAAUGACAUGAUUCAAAGGAAUCUACCCGUGUAUACCAAGGAAGUUGCAUUAAGUGUUGGUCGUGCUAUAAAUGGCGUUCGUGCUGUAUUUGGAGAGGUUUACCCUGAUCCAGUACGAGUGGUGUCCAUCGGCUACAAUGUCGAUGAUUUAACCAAGGAUGCAACCAACCCUGAAUGGACCAAGACGUCUGUAGAGUUUUGUGGUGGAACACACGUCAAGCAAACAGGCGACAUCAAAAGAUUCGUCGUCAUGGAAUCAUCAUCCAUCGCAAAAGGCAUUCGACGUAUCAUUGCCGUGACUGGUGAAGAUGCACUCCGAGUCCAAGAAGUAGCCGAUGAAUACCAGAAAAAGCUAGAAGAAAUAGAAAAGAUGCCACCAUCUGCUCAGGAUGCUGCUCUUAAAGUCAUUGGAACUCAGUUCGAUGCUGCCCCUAUACCCAAGAUUCGAUUGGAGUCUUUGAAGGAGCAAGCUGAGGUUAUGAGGAAAAAGGUGUUUGAGGCUGAUAAGGCUAUCAAGAGUGCGCAAAACAAGGAGGCUACAGAGUAUGUCAAGGAUUACUUUACCAAGAAUUCUACUGCGCUGUAUGAUAUUCAUGUCUUUGAGUAUGGAAACAACACCAAGGCUGUCACAGUUGCUCGUGAUGAAGCCAAGAAACUUGACAAGUCUGGUCUAUAUCUGACAAUUGACCACGAUAGGAAGGCUGUUGGAUUUUACACAACUGCCUCAAAGUCCAUGAUUGCCAAAGGCUUCAGCGCUGCCACGUGGGCCAAGACCUUUGGAGACGUCGUGAAUGGAAAGAGUGGUGGUAAAGCAGACACUGCUCAAGGAUCAGGAGAUAGAAUAGAUGCUGUGACUGCUGCUAUUACUGCUGCUAGAGAAUACGUGUCAAAGCAUUUGUAA